ACCAAAUCCCUUUUUCCCCCUUUCUCUAACACUCCUCCACUUCCUUUCUCCUCCUUCCUUUCCUCUCUCUCUCUCUAAUGGCUCCCGCCGCUAAGACCGUCUGCGUAAUGGACGCUUCCAGUGGCACAGGCUCGGCGCUGGUGGCUGCGCUGUUGCAGAGAGGCUAUAACGUUCAUGCCUCUGUUCAGAAUCACGAGGAAUUGCAGUGUGUUAAGGGAAAUACGAACAAAUUGAAGGUUUGCCGUUCGGAUCCGUUGGAUUAUCAUAGCAUUAUGAACGCUCUUAAAGGAUGCUCCGCUUUGUUCUACUCCUUUCAACCUCCUCCUGAUCAUUCCACCUACGAUGAAUUAAUGGUGGAAAUUGAAGUAAGAGCAGCUCAUAAUGUUCUGGAAGCAUGUGCCCAAACGGACACCAUCGAGAAAGUUAUUUUCACCUCCUCCGUUACUGCGGUAAUUUGGCGUGACGGCAUCAAAACGAUGUCGUCCGACGUUGACGAACGCCACUGGAGCGACGUCAAUCUCUGCAAGAAGUUCAAGCUGUGGCACGCUCUAUCGAAAACCCUAGCGGAGAAAACCGCGUGGGCCCUGGCAAUGGAUCGUGGGGUGAAUAUGGUGACCAUAAAUGGAGGGCUGGUAAUGGGCCACGACUUGACGAUCAAUAAUCCGUAUUUGAAAGGAGCGGCUGAGAUGUACGAAGAUGGGCUGUUGGUGACCGUAGAUCUCAAGUUCAUAGUUGAUGCUCAUAUAUGCGUACUUGAAGAUGUCUCAUCCUACGGUCGAUAUUUAUGCUUCAAUAAUAUCAUUAACUCUCAUGAGGAAGCUCUUACACUCGCCCACAUGCUAUUACCGCCCUCUUCUGAAGCUUUCUCUCAUUCCAGUUUGGAGGAAUCUGUUGUAUAUCAACAAGGGAUAAGCAACAAGAAACUUAUCAAAUUGAUGGUGGAUUUUGAAAAGGUGGGGUUUCAUGUUGACCACAGAUCCUGCCUGCCCAACAAAAUUAAUUAAGAUUUUCCCAAUUUUUAUUUAUAAUUUGUGCAUUAUUAUUAGGUUCAUUUUGAUGUUCUAUUAUAAUAUAAUUGGGGUCUCUUUUUUAUUUUUAUUUUUAUUUUUACUAUUUUUUUGGAAAUGAUAUCUAAGGACCAAUGGUUUUGUUUAGAAUAUUAGCUUUUGAACAUAACUGAAGGCCUGAUCUUAUGAAAGUCAAUGACAACCUCUUAAUUAAAGUGUAGGAAGAAAAUCUUCCAUUUUUAUGUGUCCAUCACAAGUUUAUGAUGGAUAAUGGUAUCAAAUUAUCUGCCUUGUAUAUUCUCUCUUUGUAAUUUUCAUAUAUAAUGAAACCCUAUAUUUUAUUUAUU